CGCAGAUUCUUCAGGUACGCGAGCUUUCAGGUGAUAUCCUGCCGGGGGGGGUGAGCUUUUUCUCCUCGAUUCGCGCUUCGGGAUAAGGAGCUUUUUCGUACGAUGCGAUGAUAAUGGACGUGGAAGGCGUAUCCGACCACGCCUUCGGUAUCCACCCAUGGAAAAGCACACGUGACGACUGCAUAUAACUAAAGUGACUUAGUUUAGUGAGACGAAACACUUAUGUUGGAAGCAGCGUAGAAGCAGCCAGUCUCCACCACGAACCCCGCCGCGUCGAACCUAAAUAAUUACCACCGCAGGAAAGAUCGCGCAAACAAUUUACUGGCGCGUAUAUAAAUAAUUACAAACUCGAGCCAUUGUCCGAAAGAGUUGAGCUGUGUGCGAGUUCAAAUAAAUGUUUGGAUAUUCUCUAAGGACGUAAACAGCUGAUCCUUAUAUUAUACAUUCGAAGUGUUAAAAAACCCGACCGUUCAACCGACGAUCGUAUAAUUCAUCUCAAUUAUCGCCGAUCCCACCGUCAAUCCGAUCAAUCAUUUAUUUAUCAUUUAUUUCUUUUCGGAAUAUUUACUUUUUUCUCCUCUAUCAACUCACACACGUCGAUGAUUCGGUGCUGCUGAACAGUGAUGUGAUAAAAUAUCAUCAAGACAAGAAAAAAAAAAAAGUAAAUCUCACACCUUGAGAAGAAACAAAAAAUCAACUACAACUAUAUUUUUUUGUGUGCAGUUAUCAAAGUUUUGGUCAGUGCAAGUUGACGACAAUUUGUUCGGAGACCGGCCCGUCGAGGGAACGUAUUUUUUUUUUUUUUUAUUUUCGCAGUCAAACGUGAUGCGCGACUUCAAUCAGCAUUUCCGGAUAGUAGAUUAAGUGAAGUAAAGAAUCGUAAAAUCGGUGACCGCGAUUGGUUUGCGGUGCGGGUGAACGCGUAACGUCCUGGAUUUGUUGUUUUUUUUUUUUUUUAUUCCACAAUUCGAUAAAAAAACAGUUGUGCGCGUCGAGCGUAUAAAACGGCUUCAAAAUUCUGCUCCACGGAAGUUCUGUGAUAAUGAAGAACGAGGCGGAGGCAACGUCGAAUCUUUUGGAUUCGCACGGGAGCGGGGGGGGCAGCGGGGGAUCGGUUAGAAACAAUUCUUCGGGGGUGUCGUCGGGCCCUCCGAGUCUCCAAGAUUCCCUGAUCGGUCCGCUGUCGCAGGUAUCCCAGUCGAACGAGACACCCCGCAAGCCGGGUGCCCGUCGCCAGGAGAAACCGCCCUAUUCCUACAUCGCCCUGAUUGUGAUGGCGAUCCAAUCGAGUCCGGGGAAGCGUUUGACCCUCUCCGAGAUCUACACAUUUCUGCAGCAACGUUUUCCGUUCUUUCGAGGCGCUUAUCAGGGGUGGAAAAAUUCCGUCCGACACAAUCUCAGCCUGAACGAGUGCUUCAUAAAGCUUCCGAAGGGCCUCGGACGACCCGGAAAGGGUCACUACUGGACGAUCGAUCCCGCCAGCGAAUUCAUGUUCGAGGAGGGAAGUUUCCGAAGGAGACCGCGCGGUUUUCGCCGGAAGUGUCAAGCCCUGAAGCCCCAGUAUCCCCAAUACUUUUCCACCGCUACCCCCGUCGGGGUUCAAAAUCCCGGCUACGAGGGAUCGCUUGCUGCGGCGGCCGCUGCCGGUGCCGGAGUCGAUUACGCCAACGGUUAUCAGAAUCAGUAUCAAAAUUACCAAGACUACGCCAUGUACGGUCCCACCACCGGAAUGACCGCCGAUUGGGGAUACGCUGAAACACCCUACAAAACGCCGAUAGCCGAAGUUACCUACAAGACGACCGAAGUCACCUACAAAACCGGCGAUCAUCUCUACAAGAAUAACGAAGCUCUCUACAACAGGAGUAACGAACUUCCAGCUUACAAGGGCUCGGAGGGCGGUGCGGGUGUCAGUUUCAAGACGGAAGUACCGUCGUACAGAAACAACGGGGAUCUCGGUGGCGCUUACAAAACCGAGGACAGCGAAAUGACCUUUAAAUCGGGCAGCGACGCUGACCAGAUGAUGUACAGCAAGGGUAAUUCCGCGAGUUCCAAUCCACCGACGCCCAACUCGGUCCACCAUCACCAGGAUUAUUACGCGGCGCCCAUCUACACCCUGCCGGUAACCAUCCAGCAAGGUCAAUCGGGCACGACGGCUUCGUCGAUCGGUUCAGGGAGUACCGGACUUCUCGUCCACUCGCACAAUCAUCAACACUCGCAGAACCACCAGUCCUCGCACCCCCACGGAUCCGCGAACCACAACAAUUCGCACUCGCACAGUUCCCAUUCGCAUUCGCACGCCCAACCGCAACCUUCGUCGAGUCCUAUCGGCAAUUCGAGUUCGAAUUCCACGCACAGCGGAUGUCACACGCCCGUGUUGGGUGCCGUUGGCGGGAUAUCCGGAUCCUCGAAUUCCGCUACUACGUCCGGAGCGACGAGCACGCACACCGAUCACCACGGAAUGCGGAUGCAGUGCUCCAGUUCGAGUUCCAGUAGUUCCGGGGGUGGUUUGGUCGAGAGAAAAUCGUACCUACCACCACCUCCGUCUUCGGUUCCUCUGGGAUCUCUGGGAUCGUUGAGUUCGCUGAGUUCCCUGAGUUCCCUGAGUCUGGGGAACCUCGGUAACCUCGGUAACUUGGGUAACAUCGGUAACCUCGGCAAUUUAGGUAACUUAGGAAAUCUCGGCAAUUCCGUAAACACCCUGAACGUUCCUACCUCAGUAACGAACAUGAGCAUCGGGGCGGGAAAUAUUUCUCAUCAUACCUCGACGCCACCACCGCCUCCUACCACAAUGUACAGCUACGACCAGCUCAAAUACUCGAUGUAAAGACUGCCUAAGGAGGAUUUUAUAAUAAUCGACUCCAAAAAUCACGAUAUGGUUAAUUUCCAAUUUUUUUUUUUUUUUUUGUUACAUGUAUUUAUACGCCCACCAAAUUUGCGUCGGAUUUUAGUUUUCUCUUCGAAUUAAUUACCAGGCAACGAAAAUCUUUUUCUCUGUUCAAAAGUGUAAAUAUAAAAAAAAAACUAUUACUCUAGGAUAUUAAUGUUACGUUUACGAUAAAUCGAUAUACGUUAAUGAUAUUAUUAACAAUAAUAUUCAUCAUUGUUACAUGACAAUUAGGAAUAUCAGCGAACAAUUUGACGUGAAUUGCGUGUACGAGUCCAGUAAUAAUACUAUUUUGAAUAAUAUUAUUUAUGUAAUUAUGCUAUCAAUUGUUAAACAAGUAUUAGGCAAUUAUUAAAGUUAUAUAUAUUACGAAUAAAAUAAAAAAAAAAAAAAUUAUUAUGUGUAAAUGAAAUAAUUAUUCGUAACAGUUUUUGCUUCGCCCUCCCCCCCAAAAAUAAUUAAUUAUAAAUUAUUCUCCCGAAAUAUUCGAUAGCCGCACCGCGAGCGGUAAAAUCUCCGGUUUAAUAUCAAAAUUGUUUAUGUGUUCGGUCGUCGCGGUUCGAUUUAAAGGAGAUGCGAAAUAGCCACGGAGGGAGACGGGGAUAAUAUUGAGCUCUUUGCAACUGAGGACCCGUUUAACUGAAUAAAUAAUUGAUGCGGCGAUGGCGAAUGCGGGUGUCGUGUACCGCGUGAAUUUUCUAAUUAGUUUUGAAAAAAUAAAUCGUAUGGGAAAAAAGAAAAGGGACUUCACGUAACGCGACUCGGCGUACGUGACGUAGGGGGGGGGGGGGGGGAACGGAUACGUUUUGACUCGACGUACGUUCCGUUCGGUUCGAAACUCUGUCAGUUCUAUAAUAAGCGGAGAUGACGUCUCGCCUUAAGCUUCGAAUUAAUAUCUAUAUGCCCGUAACGCGUGUACACGAAUUUUCACAGCGUCGAAUUUGUGUACAUUCAAAACUUGCGAAUUUGUUGAGUCAAAAACGCAAGAAAAAAAAAAAAAAUGUCUGAAUUAUGCUCGACGAUUAGAUGCAUCGACAUAGAUAGCGAUGAUGAACGGCAAUGAAUUUUCAUACAUCCACGUUGAUAAUUAUCCAGAUUUUCCGCGGUUCAUUAUUAUUCAGAUUUUUACAGAGGACGUAUUUACAUGCGAUUCCUCAAAAGACUACUCAGCAGACGUAACGGCGUCGUCGGUUCAGCGAUGAUUAAGCAUCUGCGAGGCGGUAGCCGGUAAUUAUUAUUUUUUUUUUUCUUCUUCUAUCAUAACCGCGUGGAAAAAUUGCGGUAAAAUAUAUCCUAUCACUGCAUCUGAUACCGUAAAAAUACGAAUGACAUUUGCAUCGUUUCUCUAAUUUUUUUAUACAUCCGCGUCCCAUUUAUUGGUAUGGGCAUGAGAGUAGAGUAACGUCGAACGUCGUUUACGCAAUUAUAAACAAUUACAUACAACGCGCGUGGUCGGUAUCACUACGUGAUUUGUAAUUACUAUACGUAAGUAUAUAAAAACAACACCUUAUAUACGAUAUGUUGUAUAUAAAUAUAUGUACAUUUUACAUACAAUCACAUUAUCGAAUGUUGCCGGACAUGACGCUGAGAUGAUAACGAGAUGACGGUGUUGUACAGUCGACUGAGAUGACGUGAUACGUUAACCGUAAUAAUCUCCCGUGCGAUCGCGGUGAAAUGCGAAGAAAUUGACCGCGCGUUGUAUGGUUUUUUUAUUUUUUUUUUCAUUUUAUUCAUUUUGUUUUACAUAUCUGUCCAUUGACCACGACCGUGCGGUGAAGCUGGUGGCACGUAGACGUUUCACCACCGUUUCAAUUCACAUGGCAUCGGCAACGACCUCGUCUUAUCGGCAGAUCAAUCUCGGAAUUUUUAUAUGCACGAGUCGAAUCUAGUUCACAAUUUUUCUCGGUGAAUAACCGGCCGCGUCACUGGGUUUUUCGCCAAUAGGGAAAAGAAAAAAAAAUCUUCAACGAAAAAUAAAGAGAAAAGAAAAAUUCAUGCCCAUCGGAUCACCGCGAGGAAUAUGCUCGCUCAGCAAUUUUCAGCAUCCUAUGUCGAAUUCGCGAACCAACCAGAC